AUGGCUUAUGAUGAAUUAACCGACACCGAUCAAAAUAUCCUCGCAAAACAUCUCCCAGCAACAACAGAGCCCCUGGAGACAGGUCGUGCACGGACCAAGGAAAUAUUGGAUCAGGUCAUCAAGGCAACAGAGUUGCAAUACAAGGAGAACCAGCGAAAGGAUGGAAUUCGAGAAAUGGCUCAAAAAAUACUGAACUGUGUCUUAUCUUUUCAAGAUGUGGUCAAGAGUGCUGUGCGAUUCGAUCCAACCGGAUAUGCUUCAAGGCGAGGAAAUUGUGGACAGCAUAACCGCAGUGGCAAAGCAGGAACUCGAACAGCUCAAAACUUCAAUCAAGGAAGAGGAGUCCCACAUGCAUCAUUGGUUGCUGCUGGAGAUUGGGGAUCAGCUUCAAAGCUAUUUCCAACAAUUGUGAAACAACUGGCUACUCACAUUGCUCAAAUCAUUGACGGAUUUGACAAGCUGCUUCUGCAGCCGCUACUCAGCGUGGGUCCCAAUCAUACUGCUGAUGCUGCCGCUGUCAUUGUUAUUGACGCGCUUGAUGAAUGCGACCGGGAAGAUGACGUGGAGUUGAUCCUUGAGCUAUUACCCAAGGUUGAUGAGGCAACAAAUAUAAACAUUCGAUUCUUUCUGACAGCCGACCGGAAUCACCAAUUCGCUUUGGGUUUGAUCAAAUCGAUCACACGUCUUUCCAAAACACCAUCCUUCAAACUUGGACAAUGA